AUGGCUACCAUUACUCUCACCAGCUCUGAUGACGUGAACGUCACAGUCGAGCGCUCCGUUGCUGAGCGGUCCGUUUUGAUCAAGAACAUGCUUGAGGAUCUCGGUGAUUCAGGAGAGGCGAUCCCCAUUCCCAACGUCAACGAAACCGUCCUUAAGAAAGUCAUUGAGUGGUGUGACCACCACAAGAACGACCCCCCCACUGCCGGCGACGACGACGAUAACCGCCGCAAGACCACUGAUAUUGAUGAGUGGGAUCAGAAAUUCAUGCAGGUCGACCAGGAGAUGCUCUUUGAGGUUAUUUUGGCUGCCAACUAUCUCGACAUCAAGGCUCUGCUGGAUGUCGGCUGCAAGACUGUUGCCAAUAUGAUCAAGGGCAAAUCCCCCGAGGAGAUUCGCAAGACCUUCAACAUUCAGAACGAUUUUACUCCUGAAGAAGAAGACCAGAUUCGCCGUGAGAAUGAGUGGGCUGAGGAUCGCUAA